GUAGAUAGUGUUUUUCAUUUUUUUUUGUGCAGAUUUCGCUUUAAUCCAAAACCCCCUAAGAGGGUUUGAUCAGAAAAUAACAUUGGCUUUAAAGAUCAAUAGUAACCUGAAUUCCAACCCUAUCAAACAUGGAGCCCCAACGAAUUAUUCAAGUAAAAUCAAGAGAGGAGUUAAGAGAUGAGAUCCACCUAGCCGCCCUCGACAGCGUUGUGAAUCUCAACUCCCUGUGUGCUGCCUUUACAUUUAUCGGACUCUCCCUCACCACUAUGGAGUUGCAGAGCAUUGAUGGUCGUUUUGGCUGCAAUCCCAAUAUAAGCAUGAUCAGAAACUUGAUGUUAUUUGAGGUCAUUUCUUUCGCUUUUUUUCUCGCAUCAUCGUUGGUGGCUUAUGGCUUGAAGAUAAUGAUUAGUCUCAUCAAUGCUGUAGAGUUAAAUGAAGAGUUUAGAAACCACUUCAACAGAAAGUCUAUUCGGAAGGUGAUGCUUUGUGUCAUCUUCACCUCGAUCUAA